UCUAAUUUUCUCUUGAUUCUAUAUUUUAUCUUCUUCUUCCACUUACAGUGCUCAUUUCUAACAACUGAAGCUAUUUUUCGCCGCAGAGCAGAAAACGGAAUGGACGGUUCUUCUUCUUCUUCUUAUACAAAAAACUCCACCACCUCUGCUACUUCUUCAGCCACUACUCGAAAAAAGAAGCGCCUCUUGUUUGACCGCCGUUACGGUUGGGUAAUCGAUGAAUGGAAAGAACCCUCAGCGGAAGCUCUAGCAGGAGGUCGCGGCAUGUUCUGCAUAUUGCCUCUUACAAAAUCUUUCCUAAAUUCAGCUUCUCACUCUAUUAACCUUGCAGCAAAUUUUGCUGUCAAAAUAUUCGAAAGACCAGAUCUUUUCACCCCUCAGGCAGUGAAGAAGAAUUUUGAUCAACAGCUUGAAAAUUUCAAUUCUGCCCUAAGAAAAUCAGAAGUCAACCAUUUGCCUCUCAUGGUAAAAUUUCCAUCACAGACUCCAACAUUUUCUUCACAUUUAGAAACGCAAACCGGAGAAUCUCAGAUGGUUUGAAGAAUGUAAAUGUCACUAUACUUAUUUUGCAUGUCUCAAACUGUAGUAUCUUUGGUAAAUGUUGGAUUUACAUGAAUUCCCUGUCCAGAAUGCAAUAUCUUUUGCUUGGUA